AUGUCCGUUAUCCUCGCCGCUCUCACUGUUGCACCAGCAGCAUGGUUUCUGUACUCGAGGCUCAAGGCUUUAAUUUCAUCGCCGAGACUAAACCUGCCGUAUGUGAAAUUCGAAGGGGAUAACUCGCGUUCCAGAUAUCGGACUCAGAGCGCGACCAUCUUGGCCAAGGGAUACGCACAGCAAUCCAUCCUGACCCAGAUCGGCGGGCCUGGAAUAACUGAUGAAGUCAACAUGGCAGCGAGGCAGGGUCUUAAUCGAGCACUCGACUGGACAUCGCUGCAGCCGUAUCCGCUAAUCGUCAAGACCUUUGCCAGCAUGUCUGCCUGCGCCAUCAUUGGGCCUGAACUUGGAGGGCUCGAGUCGGAGUGGCAGAUGCUCUCGAUGCGCUACGUCGAGGCCGCGCUCAGCGCUCCCAGCAAGGUGGAAGCGAAAUAUCCUGCUUGGUUGUACUGGCUUUCGCGAUACACCAACGACGGGGUGAAGGCCAUGUGGAAAUACCAGGCUCGCGCUGCAGAACUCCUCGCUCCUGUCUUGGGAGCUCGCGUCGCCGCCACUCAAGAGCUCCAAGCUGGGCCGCGCAAGAGAGGUGGCAAAGGGCCGCGGAAGUUUGAGGAUGGAGUGCAGUGGCUCUACGGCGCGCAUACAGCGAGAGGCAACCAACUGACGGCAGAACAGCUACCCCGAGAUCUGUUCGUCAUCAUGACCGCCUCUAUUCACAGCACGUCGGGCGCUGGGCUGGCAAUCUUGAUCGACAUGCCUGAGCACCCUCGAGCGCUAUCUGAGAUUAGAGAUGAAAUCGCGCGCGUUAAAGCCGCCAACCCGACGUGGACUCGCCAGGCAUUGGGUGAACUGCAAAUCCUGGACAGCUUCAUGCGAGAAGGCGCGCGCUUUCAUGCUUUGACUCAAUAUACCGCGGUCCAGAGAAUACCGACAUCGGACUUCACCUUCAAGGACGGCUUGACGAUUCCCGCUGGCACGACAUUGGCCUUCCCCAGCUUCCACCACAAUUUCGAUCCGGCCGUGCACCCCCAACCCGAAUCGUUUGAUACUAUGCGACAUCUGCGGAAGCGGCAGGAACGAACGAACACACACAGGUAUCACUUCGCGUCGGUGUCAGAUGACAUGAUGAACUGGGUUGCAGGACGGCACGCCUGCCCGGGGCGUUUCUUCGCCCAAGAGACGCUGAAGCUCAUGUUUAUCCAUCUCCUGACACAUUACGAGUUCAAGCAUGCAGAAGACACUAAAGAGAGUCCCCGAUACCUUUCCAACAAUCUGUUCGUUAUCGCGAACCCGGCGCUGCCUGUUCUUUUCAGGGAAAAAGAGGUGGUUUCGAAGUAA